UUGGUUGGAAGGGGAGGUGAGGGUUGAGAUUUUGUUGAUUUUUUUUUGAAAAUUAAGUUAGGUUUUUUGAAAGGAAAAUUUUUGAAAGUUUUUUGAUGAUUUUUGUGACAAAAAGUUAAAAUUUGGCCUUCUGACCAUUUUUAAAUACCGACCAGUUUUGGUGUUUUGAUUUUCUUCUUUUCUUUCUUUUCAUAAUCUCUAAAUAAAAUUUUCGGUCAAAAUGCCCAAACCCUCAAAUUGUGACAUUUUGUCCUGUUAUUUUUUAACAAAAUAUCAUCCUUUUAUUCAUUUUUUCUAGUUAAAAUGCUCGAAGAAGAUAGUGGUUGGAUGCCCGAUAUGUUAACCAUUCUUUGCAUUUUUCUCUUUGUUUUUGUAAUACUUUAUGCUUUGCGUCAAUGGAUUAAAGGAGCACAAUUUACUGAGAAAAUUAGUGCUAGAGGACGAGUUGCUAUUAUAACAGGUGCAAAUUCUGGUAUUGGAAUGCAAUUAGUUAGGGAACUUAAUUUGCGUUAUGUUAAGGUUUAUUUGGCUUGUAGACGUGUAUCAAGUGGAAAUGAAGCAGCUAGGGAAUUAUUUUCUCGGUAUGGCUGUGAUAUGACUCGAAUGAUUGUUCGUCAUCUUGAUUUGGCAGACUUUAGUUCUGUUCAUCGCUUUGUAGAAGAAUUUAAUAAAGACGAGGAAAAGUUGGAUAUAUUAAUUAAUAAUGCUGGAAUUAUGUUUUAUCCAAAAUACCAAAAAACGGUUGAUGGACAUGAAUUGACUUGGCAAAGCAAUCAUUUGGGUCACUUCCUUCUAACCGAAUUAUUACUUCCCAAACUUGAACGCUCUGAAGAAGGAGGCCGCAUUAUUAAUUUAAGCAGCGCCUUACAUUUGUUUGCAGACAGUGUUGACCCAGAAAUUGUUGAUUCUCCCCAACACUUUGGACGAUGGAAUAAUAAAACUUAUGCUCGUUCUAAAUUGGCUAAUAUAAUGCAUUGUGUUGAAUUAACCCGUCGGAUUCGUUCAUUUAACAGCGCUUCAAAAGUAACGGCUAAUGCUUGCCAUCCUGGAAGUGUUGAUACUUCUCUAUUUAGAGCUGAAUUUUAUCAAAAAUAUCUAAAAACUAUAGUUUCUCCGAUUAUUUGGUUUCUUUUGAAAACGUCACAAGAUGGCGCCCAAACUCCUCUCUACUUGGCAUUAAGUAAAAAAGUUGCUGGUGUUUCUGGAAAAUAUUUUAGGUUUUUUAAAUUUAUUAAAAGAAAUUUUUUUCGUAAAUUAAAUUUUUUAAGUGAAUGCAAAGAAUCCAAAAAAGUCCAUCCAAUGGUUUCUGAUCCCACAGCUUGUGAAAUCCUCUACAAUAACAGUUUGGAACAGUGUUUAUUGGAUCGAUCAAGUAUUGCUUUGGAUUGA